AUGCCGCUUGUAAUAGCCAAGACGCUGCUGCGUGACAAUGCCACUUUCUACACGGCCCUGGGGCGGGUGUUUGGCCUUGGCAAGGCCACCGGGCUGGCGAUCGCUGAGGAGGUCGGCAUCAGCAAGGAGGCGCGCGUGAUGGACGUCAAGGCGUCUCACGUGCGGCAGGUCGUCGCCAUUAUUGACGAGCGCUACAAGGUUGGGGACGAGCUGAAGCGGUCAAUCAGGGACAACAUCCUCCGCCUCAUAGAAGCCAAGACCUACCGCGGCCGCCGCCACGAACUCGGGCUGCCCGUGCGGGGCCAGCGGACCAGCACCAACGCGCAGACCGCGCGGAAGUUCAAGAGGCACAUCAUGUAUGAUGUCAGAUGA